AUGGUGCCAGCUUCAGGACCCGCCCAGAAUCUCCCUAGAAUGCCAAUUGUCGUGCCUGAGAUGACCGCUCCCUCCAACGACCUGAAGAUGUCUACAGAAAACAUCGAGGAAUCCACCGUCGCCCCAGACAAUGAGGUCUGGGACACCGAGAUGCAGCUCGUCUCUUCUCUGGCGAAGCUCCAGGAAUUAGAGGCGAUGAUCCAUCAACUGCGCACUUUGCUUCCUGUGCGUCUGCUGGAACCCUUGAUGUCGACCGCAAAUCCCAGAACGGCAGCCGGCGGGCAGGGCGUACCGACCCCUCAGACGCUGUUUGAGCAGCUCAAGAAAUGCGCCGAGAGUGGUGUGCGUGAAGUCGCCGACUUCCAGUCCUUGUGGCGGAGUCCGGAAAUGAAAGCGGUCUGGAAUCGUGUGGACACCCAGAUCAAGAACAACGGCGGACAGCUGUUGCAGCCGACUGGGAUGUGGGAGGAGGACUAUGAUGUGUUGCUCGAGGGGCUCGUUAAGGAGGAGCAAGUGAAGCAGCAGGAGCGGCUGAAUGCCGAGGAGGAGGCGGAACGUUCGAAGAUCCAGGCAACGGAAGGCGGCUGGCGAGCGAUUGUCGACAGUUUCGUCCAAAAGAAUGUUCCCGGGAUGCGGGUUCAAAUGAGCAAGACCGAGGCAUCCAUCUUGGUGGCGUUGGUGAAAGCCGGCCUGGUCUUCAAAGUCCACACCGUCGAAGGACUGGAAAGCCACGGUGUUCCGGACUGGCGCAUCGCCAGUAAGGCGGCGGCUGGACAGACCGUCACCAAGCUCGAGGGAGCUGUUAUGCAGUGCUUGAAUUCGCGUCCCCGACAAUGGGACCUUCUUCAUCUGCUUGACAUGAUAUCUUCUUAUUCCGACAUCAAACAGACUCCUUGCCUGAAAUGCAGCAAAAUGACCGACAGUGCAGCUCAAUUGCCGACCCUCCGCAAACCCAGAUCCGUGCCUUCCAACGAGGGCCAGUCCACUACCGUCUGGGAAGCAUAUCAUCCUAGCUGCGUCGCCGAGUGA